AUGUUAACUACCUCAACACGAUCACCAAUUGAUCAUUUACAAAAAAUGGGAUCAUCAGUCACUAUUCCUGAAACUUUUACUACUGGUACUAGUACUUCUACCUUUUCUAGUUUAUUAACUAAUAUUGGAUGUUUAUUGGGAAGAAGGUGGAAAAGCAGAGGUAACACUUUUCAACCAAGUACUUUGAAAAGAAAAAGGAGAAUUGGUUUUUUGGCUAGAUGCAGAAGUAAGACUGGACAAAACAUUUUGAAGAGAAGAAAGACUAAAGGUAGAUGGUAUUUGACAUAUUAG